GGUAUGGCAUUUUCUCUCUAUGAAAGGCAAUACCUUGGAAUUCAUGGUCUUCUCCCACCCGCUUUUAUGACUGAGGAGCAGCAAGCCUACAGGGUUAUGGCGAAACUUCGCGAGCAGCCUGAUGAUUUGGCUAGGUAUAUCCAACUUGAUGCGCUUCAAGAUCGUACAGAAAAGCUGUUCUAUCGUGUGUUAUGCGACAACAUCAAAGAGCUUAUGCCGAUCGUCUACACUCCUACAGUCGGAUUAGCAUGUCAGAAGUUUGGCUUUAUUUAUAGGAGCCCAAAAGGUAUUUACAUAACCAUCAAUGACAACAGCAUUAGCAAAAUCUAUCAAAUUCUAAGCAAUUGGCCUUCGAAGGAUGUUAGGAGCUUACUGAAUGAUCCUUUCUACACUGGCCUACGACGAAAACGAGUACGUGGAGAAGAGUAUGACAAACUUUUGGACAACUUUAUGAAAGCCUGCACUAAGAAGUACGUUUACCCAUUGCUUCAGGACAUGCCACCCACAAAGAAUCUCCUAGAAGUCGUGAAAACUGUAAAGCCGGAUGGACUUAUAGGCGCCUGUACGGUAGGUGGAGUCUUCACGGGUGAGAUUAUUUCGGAAAUGGCUCGUAUCAAUAAGCGACCAAUCAUUUUUGCCCUAUCAAACCCUACAAGUAAAGCCGAAUGCACAGCUGAGGAUGCUUAUCGGAUGACAAAUGGUUCCGUCCUUUUCGCAAGCGGUUCUCCAUUCGAAAAUGUUGAACUUGACGGUAGAAUAUACAAACCUGGGCAAGGAAACAAUGCCUACAUCUUCCCAGGAGUAGCGUUGGGAGCCAUACUUUUCAAAGCGAAACACAUACCAGAAAUGGCUUUCCUUCUAGCUGCACGACGUUGCGCCAGCUUUGUCAGCGAUAAAUCCUUGGAAAAUUACGCUCGUCUCUACCCUCGUCUCAAGGACAUCCGAGAACUUUCCGUUCUUAUAGCAAAGGAUGUUGGAAAUUACCUAUACGAGCAGAAUUUAGCAACACUUCAUCCAGAACCAGAAAACAAGGACAUGUUUAUACGCCAACAAAUCUAUUCGGUUGAAUACGACGAGCUAAUCAACAAAACUUACGAUUGGCCAGCAAAGGAUAUGAAACACGGGUUCCCGGUGCCAGUUAUAGAGAGAUCAUCAAUGGAUGAUGAAUAA